AUGAUAAUGCCAAGAAAUCGGAAGUAUGGCCGAGGUUGUUCCGGCACUAACCCCUUCUGGCACUGGUGGCCCGCACUUCGCUUAGGGCACAAAUCCACAUUUUCACUUUACGCCUUGAGAACAGGAGCACAUCGACGACCAUCUUCGACUUUUCGACAUCAACGACCAGCCAUUAGGCAUAUCCAUCUAGUCGAAUUAUCCGAAUAA